AUGGACGUAUAUAAUGCAUUUUUACAAGGGGAUCUUUUUGAGGAAGUUUACAUGGAAUUACCUAAAGAUGAUCUUUUAAUCACUGGAAAUGAUCAAGAGAUGCUACAAGACUUGAAAUCUGUUCUACAAAGGAACUUCAAGAUAAAAGAUCUUGGUGAGCUGAAGUACUUCCUUGGCAUUGAGAUUGCUAGAUCAAAUGAAGGAUUGAUUAUGAGCCAGAGGAAAUAUGCGUUGGAACUCAUAUUAGAAGCUGGACUAGCUGAUGCAAAGCCUGCCAAGACUCCACUUGAACAGAAUUCAAAACUUACUUCAUUCAAAUAUGAUCAACAGUUUGAACCUACAUCAGAGGAUAAGCUGCUAAAAGAUUCAUCCAUUUAUAAGAGGUUGAUUCGUAGGCUGCUUUAUUUGACUAUGACAAGGCCUGACAUAGCCUUUUCUAUUCAAACACUUAGUCAAUACAUGCAUGCACCUAAAGAGUCCAACUUAGAAGCAGCAUUAAGGGUUGUUAGGUAUAUUAAACAAAGUCCUGGUCUGGGGUUGUUAAUGCCCUCAAGUAAUGAAAUGAAGCUUGUUGCAUAUUGUGAUUUGGAUUGGGGAGCUUGUCAGAUGAGUAGAAAAUCAGUGAGUGGAUAUUGUGUUAAGCUUGGAGAGUCUCUUAUAUCGUGGAAGUCAAAAAAACAGAGUACUAUAGCUAGAUCAUCUGCUGAAGCAGAAUACAUAAGCAUGGCAGCAUGUAUAUCUGAGAUAAUCUGGUUACUUGGUUUGUUUGAUGAAUUAGGAGUAGAAGGAAUAAAACCUGUGUUGUUACAUUGUGAUAACAAAGCUGCAUUACAAAUAGCAGCCAAUCCAAUGUAUCAUGAGAGAACAAAACACAUUGAGAUUGACUGCCAUUUUACAAGAGAAAAAAUCCAGCAAGGAGUCAUACGCACAGAGUAUAUUACAACUGGAAAUCAGAUUGCAGAUAUUUUAACUAAAGGUUUAGGUGUACAACAGCAUGAGAAAUUAAUAGCCAAACUGGGUAUUAAAGAUAUCUACAAAGUUUCAACUUGA